UUCAAUGGCUGCCGGCGUCCCUUCAUCUUUGCAUCGGAUUCGGUUUGAAGUGUUCGGUUUUCAAUUUGCGAAAUAACGGCGAGAUAUCAGUUGGAUUAGUGUUUGCUUAAUAUAAAUUUGGGCGGCAAAGGCAUUUACUUGUUUUGCGCUAGACAAAGCGAAGAAAAGUGCCUGGCGUUAGUGGGAUUCGGAGUUGGUCAAGUCGUCAGUCGCGUACACAACGAGUACAGGGCGCAAAUUUUCUAUAAAUAGUCAUGAGCCUCCAAAUAUCGAAAACUCCCGCCGGGUCUGCAGUAGACCAGAGACACUUAUCGCUCACUCCGAAGGAUGCAAAGAACAGCAAAACCUGCACUAAUGGCCACGACAAAAGUACUUCAGGCGAAAAUGCGGCGCAGUCCAAAUCAGUAAAGUCGGAUGAUGUUGCAGCUAAACAAAUCGAGGACAAAUCCAAAAGCCAAAAUGAGGCCGCCAAGACCAAUCACAAGCCCGAGAACGGCAGUGCCAAGGAGCAAGAUAAGAAAACUCCUUCCAAAGGAGAAGACAAGGACGAUUCGAAGCCCAAUUCUGAGAAAGUGAAAAGUGAGUCAAAGGCAAAGCGGGAAAGUCCUAAAGUAAAGAGUGAAAGUCCCAAAACGGUGAGCUCUCUAAAAGUUGAUUCGGUUCCAAAAUCGGAAAAGGAGAAGGUUAAAAACGAAUUGAAAACCGUUUCCGAAAGGAAGACCAGGAAAGACUCGUCGAAUGGAAUUGAAACCUCAAAGGCUGAACAAGUGCCAAAAUCGAAAGCAGAAAACGAGAUCAGCAAACAUCUUCCCACCCCCAAGACUGAAAAGAAUGAAACAGCCAAAGCAAAGCCAGCAGAGAAACUCGAGUCUGAAUCGAAUGCCAAAACAGAAAAUCUGACUCCCAACGAAACACCACUGAACGGGGAGAAAGUAGCCACCGCAGAGAAGACGCAGUCCGAAACAAUUGCGCUGGAGACUGCAGUGGAAAAAACAGGUUCAACUGUCGAUGAAGAAAUGGCAACUCUAGCGGUCGACUCUGAACUUGACGUUGUUGAAAACAAACUGACUGGAAAGAUCCUGAAACUAAAAUCAACGCCACACAAGACAAACGCUACAGAAAAAUCCAAGGGCAAGACCAAAGCAGCUGAGAAGACUCCAAAGCAAGUUGUUGCCGACAGCCCAGUAAGCGCGACCAUCCGAAGCGAAGAACUUCGGACGCGCCCAUCACUUGGGCACAUUUCUGGGCGACGAAGUUUCAGGAAUCUGCCAGCCAUGCCUCCGCGGAGAUACAAUCAUGAAGUUUACAGACCAAUCACCACUGAAUUGGACAACAGCAGCUCAAGCUUGAACGUGACCGUGGGAUCCGAAGUUGCAGCUGACAAUUCGUUCUCCUUCUUAGGUUUCGGCCGCAAAAGGGAGUACACCGAAUCGGUCGAUACUCAAAGCACACAAAGCGAUAACAGUGCAAAGACACCGAAACGGGCGCGCCUAGAUAUUGGCUUGCUGAACAUCGUCAAGACUCCCAUAACCAUGCUGCGCUCCAGAUUCUCCAAAGUUGCAAUGCAUUGUAGUACACCCAACGCUCAAUCACGAGAAGGCAGCGAUGAGGAUGGAGUCGAAAACGUUUCGGUGAUUGACGUCGAGGAGCCUGCAAACCAACUAGCAAUGAACGAGCCCAACAGCCUUCCUGAGGACCUGAGCAACAAGCGGCCAAAAGACAAGGAUGAGUGUUUCGAUGAGCGCGCGAAAGAAGCACUCCAGAUGGAUGUUGGCAACGAAGUCGUGGAGAACCCAGGCGACACCAAAAGGAAGAAUUGCAAUAUUAUGUAAUUUGCUCACGAGGGCACAUGAUGAAAGGAUAGCGAUGAAAGACACUUCCCGUGUUAGCAGUAGAUUUUUGCAAGGAGAAGAUAUAUCAAUCGAUUUUAAACCAAUUUAGCUGAGUAAGAAUAUGCGAUAAAACUUAUUUUAAUCCUGUUCCGUUGAUUUCACAUUGUAUUUUUAUUUUAUAUUUUGAUUUCGUACAGAGUGCGCUGUACGUUUUAUCAAUAAAUAACCAUUACAGGAA